GCGUCUCCCCGCGCCCAGGGCUGUGGCUUACAGAAGAGGUGAAAUGUGGUCUGAGGGACGACAUGAUGAUGAAAGGCUUCCAAGAGAACGAGCACCGCCUCGAAAUCACCCCAGCGAUGGCGACCAUAGAGUAGUUGAUGGUGUGCCAAAGAAACCACCGCUGCCAGGCAGGCCAGUUGAAGGGAGCUGCAAUAGAUAUUACAGUCAGGUUGAUUACCGAGACUAUGACGAGGGCCGCAAUUCUUCCCAUGAUCGAAGAAAUGGUCCACCGCACAGAGGAGAUGAAUCUGCCUAUAAGUGGACAAGGGAUGAUCAUUCUGGAAGUCGUCAGCCUGAAUACAGGGACAUGAGAGAUGGCGGCUCUAGAAGAAAGAGUUUCCACGCUUCCCAUUAUGUGAGAGACCAGUCUCCACAUAAAAGAGAAAUUCUUUUUUUAAGAGACUCACCUGUGAUCAGAAAGGAUUCUCCACACAGCAGAUCUGGCUCCAGUGUCAGUAGUAGAAGCUACUCUCCAGAAAGAAGCAAAACGUACUCUUUCCAUCAGUCUCAACGCAGAAGUAAAGAGAGACCUGUUUGGUCUUUGAAAACAUCAAGAGACACUUCAUCCUUAAGUUCUUCAACAGUUCCUUCAUCAAAGGUGUUAGACAAAUCCAAUAAGCUAACUCAAAAGGAACUUGCUGAGGCUGCAAGUAAGUGGGCUGCUGAAAAACUAGAGAAAGCAGAUGAAAGUAACUUACCUGAAAUUUCUGAGUACGAGGCGAGAUCCACAGCACCAUUGUUCAUUGACCAGCCAGAAGAACCUGAGUCAAAUGCAACAGACGGCAUAGAAUUAUUUGAAGACAGUCAGCUUAACAGUCGCUCUAAAGCAAUAGCAUCAAAAACCAAAGAGAUUGAACAGGUUUACCGACAAGACUGUGAAACUUUUGGGAUGGUUGUGAAAAUGCUGAUUGAAAAAGAUCCUUCAUUAGAAAAGUCCAUACAGUUUGCAUUGAGGCAGAAUUUACAUGAAAUAGGUGAGCGGUGUGUUGAAGAACUCAAGCAUUUCAUUGCAGAGUAUGACGACUCUAGUCAAGACUUUGGAGAGCCUUUUUAG